AUGUUCUUGGUCGCAUCACAACCGCAUCACAACGCGUUUGUUGGCACCAGAGAACUACCACAACGCGCUUCUGAGCACUCGCUAGGAAGCCACACCCCGGACGCGAACGAGCGCUCGCUUCUCAACUCCAAAAGCAAUCCUAUGGAACGCAGCGUGACGGAAUACUCGCAGACAGGUUUGCCUUCGCCCUAUCCAAGCACCUACGGCGACGCCCCGUCUGAAACUUCGUCUGCAGAUCACGGAUCUGCUGCUCAGUACUCGAGCCACCAGGAACCGCGUUCGAGCAACUACUCCGCGUCGGCGACUCCCACGUCAGAGUACGGCGCAUAUCCUCAAUCUGCCAGGUCUACAGGUUCAUACCCAGAGCCAGGCCUUCGCCAAUACCAUCCAGCAGCAAGCAAUAACAGCGGCAGCAGCGGAGGUAUGGCGCAACCACCAAGUCCGUCCAUGCCUGUGCAAGAUGGGCGCAACCAUCAUCAGACCCAACAGGUCAAAUCUGACAGCGAUGUACCCAUAGAUCCCUCCAUCGCCCAACCCAGCCCGACCUACACGCACGGUCAAUACUCACCGUACGCGCCUCCGCCACAAGACAUGCAGCACGGUUAUCCCCAGAGCAGCAGCAUGUAUGCCCAGCCGCGCCCUGACUGGGCAAACUACGGCCAUCCGGGUGCUCCUGCUCACGGCCAGAUGCCGCCUCACCAUGUCUUCCCUCACACGCCGACAUCAGCCCCUCCAGGCCGUCCCGCUCAGUACGGCGGUGGUGCUCCGCAGGUGUACUCCUUUGUGCCCAUCCCUGGCGCACAGCAGCACAAACGACCGCGUCGGCGCUACGAAGAGAUUGAGCGCAUGUACAAGUGCGGCUGGAACGGAUGUGAGAAGGCUUAUGGCACACUGAACCAUCUCAAUGCUCACGUCACCAUGCAGAGCCAUGGACAGAAGAGAACCCCCGAAGAAUUCAAAGAGAUCAGAAAGGAAUGGAAGGCGCGGAAGAAGGAAGAGGAGCAGCAGCGCAAGGCCGCUGAGGAGGCAGAGCGACAACGGCAUGCCGCCGCCGCCGCCGCACAAGCACAGAAUGGUGGGCCUGAUUCUCAGUCAGGCGAACAGCCGCAGUCCAACUACCCUGGCAGCAGGCUUCCGCCCAUUGCCUACGGGCAAAGCGGCCCUCAGCAGGGAUACCCUGCUCCUCCUGAGUAUCAGUACCCACCAAACAGCUAUCCGCCACAGAGCCCAUAUCCAGCAGGCUUCAACCGAGAUUGCCUGGGUACAGAUUUCCACGAGGUGACUGUGCUCUCCGGUGAUCAGUGCGGUCAAAAGACUCACGGCGCAAGCCACGGCACUAAGCUACAUAUUUGGAUACGAACGGCCAACGUCUCUGCAGCUGACUCGUUUUCGGCAAACCGUCGAGAUGAUGCGCUUGCAGAUUCGCCACGACAAGCUCCGAGAGGGCUCUAG